AUGGAGAUCGGGGGCCCCGGGGCGCCGCCGCCGCUGCUGCUACUGCCGCUACUGCUGCUCUUAGGGACCGGCCUCUUGCCUGCUAGCAGCCACAUAGAGACCCGGGCCCAUGCGGAGGAACGGCUCCUGAAGAGACUCUUCUCCGGCUACAACAAGUGGUCUCGGCCAGUCGCCAAUAUCUCAGAUGUGGUCCUUGUCCGCUUUGGCUUGUCCAUUGCUCAGCUCAUUGAUGUGGAUGAGAAGAACCAGAUGAUGACGACCAACGUGUGGGUGAAGCAGGAGUGGCAUGACUACAAGCUGCGCUGGGACCCUGGCGACUAUGAGAAUGUCACCUCCAUCCGCAUUCCCUCGGAACUCAUCUGGAGGCCUGACAUCGUCCUCUACAACAAUGCGGAUGGGGACUUUGCAGUCACCCACCUGACCAAAGCCCACCUGUUCUAUGACGGGCGUGUGCAGUGGACACCCCCAGCCAUCUAUAAGAGCUCCUGCAGCAUCGACGUCACCUUCUUUCCCUUCGACCAGCAGAACUGUACCAUGAAGUUUGGAUCCUGGACCUAUGACAAGGCCAAGAUUGACUUGGUGAGCAUGCAUAGCCGUGUGGACCAACUGGACUUCUGGGAAAGUGGGGAGUGGGUCAUUGUGGAUGCCGUGGGCACCUACAACACCAGGAAGUACGAAUGCUGUGCCGAGAUCUAUCCCGACAUCACCUACGCCUUCAUCAUCCGCCGGCUGCCGCUGUUCUACACCAUCAACCUCAUCAUCCCGUGCCUGCUCAUCUCCUGUCUCACAGUGCUGGUCUUCUAUCUGCCCUCGGAGUGCGGUGAGAAGGUCACGCUGUGCAUCUCGGUGCUGCUCUCUCUCACCGUCUUCCUUCUGCUCAUCACCGAGAUCAUCCCGUCCACCUCGCUGGUCAUCCCGCUCAUCGGCGAGUACCUGCUCUUCACCAUGAUCUUCGUCACCCUCUCCAUCGUCAUCACGGUCUUCGUGCUCAAUGUACACCACCGCUCACCGCGCACACAUACCAUGCCCGCCUGGGUGCGCAGAGUCUUCCUGGACAUCGUGCCACGCCUCCUCUUCAUGAAGCGCCCAUCUGUGGUCAAAGACAACUGCCGGAGACUUAUUGAGUCCAUGCACAAGAUGGCCAAUGCCCCUCGUUUCUGGCCAGAGCCUGAAGGCGAGCCUGGUAUCUUGGGUGACAUCUGCAACCAAGGCCUGUCACCUGCCCCAACUUUCUGCAACCCCAUGGACACAGCAGUUGAGACCCAGACUACAUGCAGGUCACCGUCCCACAAGGUCCCUGACUUGAAGACAUCAGAGGUUGAGAAGGCCAGUCCCUGUCCAUCACCUGGUUCCUGUCACCUACCCAAUAGCAGUGGGGCCCCAGUGCUCAUCAAAGCCAGGUCCCUGAGUGUCCAGCAUGUGCCCAGCUCUCAAGAAGCAGCAGAGGGUGGCAUCCGCUGCCGGUCUCGGAGUAUCCAGUACUGUGUUUCCCAAGAUGGAGCUGCCUCCCUGGCUGACAGCAAGCCCACUGGCUCCCUAGCCUCCCUGAAGGCCCGUCCAUCCCAGCUUCCAGUGUCAGACCAGGCCUCUCCAUGCAAAUGCACAUGCAAGGAACCAUCUCCUGUGUCCCCCGUCACUGUGCUCAAGACUGGAGGCACCAAGGCACCUCCCCAACACCUGCCCCUGUCACCAGCCCUGACGCGGGCAGUAGAAGGCGUCCAAUACAUUGCAGAUCACCUCAAGGCAGAAGACACAGACUUCUCGGUGAAGGAGGACUGGAAAUACGUGGCCAUGGUCAUUGACCGAAUCUUCCUCUGGAUGUUCAUCAUUGUCUGCCUUCUGGGCACUGUAGGACUCUUCCUGCCUCCCUGGCUGGCUGGUAUGAUCUAGGGACAUAGCAGCUGCCAGCUCCCAGAUCUCUGUAGGGCCAUGCGACUCAGUCACCCACAUCUUCCAAACCGGCCAUGAGACACCUAGGAGAGAGACGCUGCUUCUUGGGAGCUGGAAGUUGGCCCUGGUUCUAGUCAGGCCAUGGGCCUGGUUGGAGCAAGUUGAGGGCUGAUACAGUUGCAGGCUGACUCCCCAUUAAAGUUUCUCCAGAGCAA